UUAUCGAUAUGAUUUUGAAAUUAACCACAGGGGAGUCGGAAAUUUGCUGUGCCUUAUCAAAAAUGCAACACCGAUAUUGCGUUUUCAUACGACUUGUUAUAAACAUACGUACUCUCAUUGAUCCACACACGGCUGUUAUAUGAGUAAAAUAGUUGAACGAUAUUCAUAAACGUUUAGGCUAAAUUUAGAAUGAUUAAAAUAUACUUUCCUGAAAAACAGCUCUAUAACUUUUUAUAUUUUAUUAUUUUACAUAUAUUAUUAUAUUAAAUAUGUACGUGUGUGUGUGUAUAUAUAUAUCUCACAGAUUUUGUUGUGUGCAAUGGUGUGUUGUGUCAUGACAAUGUGAUAAUGCUUCUUCCUGUAUAAAGUAUCAAUAUACAAUAUACACAAAAAAGUCAACAUAAAUAAUGUCAUCUUUGGUAUGUUUUUAGAUUAGAAUAGGCAGAUUUAUUCACUAAAUCAAUCAGUCUUUAUUAUGAAUACAUCUUAACUUUCCAUGUACCAUGCUGUCCAAACUGGAAGCGUACAGUGUCCCCCUUGUCUCAUACAUUUGUCAUUUUGUAGCAGUAAUUGUACAUUUCCAGUGUUGGGGGCAGUGAUGGGGUAAAUAGAGUUCAGCUCUCUCACAUUUUUCUAAUGGUAUAAUGUGCAGUAAACUAGCAUGUACACUCCAGCAUCUACUGCUGCUCCUGGAGCUCGAAGGAGGAGAGCAGGGACUGCUCUACCCAAACAGCCAGAGCGCAGCCUGGUCUCAGCUCUGCCUGGAGCCCUCUCUAUCACUGCUUUGUGUACAGCAUUGGCUGAACCUGCUUGGCUCCUCAUUCAUGGAGGAACAUGUCACAAGCAGGAGUUAGGUGUUUCAGACGUCCUGGGCUACAUUGACCCUAAACUGCUGGACGAUUACUGUGUGAACCCUCAAACGGUACUGCUGCUCCGGGUCAUUGCUGCCUUCUGUUUCCUGGGAAUUCUUUGCAGCCUGACAGCAUUCUUGCUUGAUGUGUUUGGACCCAAACACCCUGCACUGAAGAUUACACGAAGAUAUGCAUUUGCCCAUAUUCUUACAGUGUUACAGUGCGCCACAGUAAUUGGUUUCUGUUACUGGGCGUCAGAACUCAUCCUCUCUCUGCAGCAGCAGCACAAGAAGUUCCAUGGUUCCUUGAUCUACGUCACUUUUGCCAUCAGCUUCUACCUGGUUGCUGGAGCAGGAGGAGCCUCCAUCCUGGCCACAGCUGCCAACUUGCUGCGUCACUACCCCAGUGAGGAGGAGGAGCAGGCACUGGAGCUGCUUGAGGACAGUAGUGAGACCUUCCCUCCUGACUAUGACAUCAGCAACCAAUUCCAGCCACCGCCUGCCUACACGCCUUGAUGAUGCUGAGGCUGCUGCAAAUGCUGUAACGACUGCGAUAACACAUGCUUCUGCUCUGAGCAUGGCUUCAGCUUCACAAGCAAAACAAGACAAACAAUCUAUGUGUGUUUGUGUUGUGUGUGUGUGUGCACAAGUGAGAGAAGCAAUUUCUCUACUUGCUUUAUAAUUUCACAUGUUGAUUUUUUUUCUUUACUGAACCUUUACUGCAAGUUAAAUUUACAUGUGAAAAACAAGUAUUUUAGUAAUUUCUGCUUGUAAAAAUUAAACCUCGACUAACAAAUGUAAACGCAUCAAUGAAAAGAUCUUGGCCUGAAUACAUAUGCAUAUGGAUGCUCUAUUUUUACGAAAACACGUAGUUUGGUUUCAGUUAUGCUUUGUGUUUUAAAGAUGGCUGUCCUCCCAGUAUGUUUCAAGGAUGCUUUAAAGGGUACACAAAUACAGUACCACAGCUGUCCAACAGGGGGCUGCUCUCCAUACGCAUCUAUCUAAAAAUUACAUGUCAGUACAUUUUUACACACAGUUAAUUUUCUCUAAACAUAAUUAAAUUUUUAAUCACACCUAGACAUUGCAUUUAAGGUUGUGGUCAGCUUAAAAUUUAAAUAUUGAACAAGAGCUGCCACAGAGGGAAAAGAGGACAGACAGGUGAUUAUGGUCCACAGCAGUCCAGCAUUGUGUCAGAAUUCAUGUCAUCUGUUGCCAAUGUUGGUGAGCAGUAUCACUGUCCUCAGGGCCUUUGUAAGACCCACAUCUUUUUUAUGAAAACAAGGGGCACUAACAUCUGUGUCUAAAAAUGUCAACAAUCCACUGUGUGAAUACAACUUUGCACAAAGUUUCAGAAACAACAGUGGGCGAAGCAAUGAAUAGGGUGCUGUUAUGUUAUGUAUUUCAUUUUAAUUUAGUUAAAAUGUAAAGGUGGAAAAUCAGUGGUAUGUUUUUUAGUAUGACAGUUGACCAUUUUCUUAUUUAGGAUGUUGAUGCCUUUGUGUUGUGACUUAGUUCCUGUCUGACUUUCUCACUGCAGUCUUAUUUAAUCUUUUCUUCCUUUGCGUUUGUGUGAAAGUUUGAGAUGUUAAUGUCGUGCUUGUUGUUGGUUUGGAGCUUACGUGGAGGGACAUAAAUGAACUUGUUUCAGGACAGAAAACUUUUGACGUCCAGUAACAAGAAUCAGCUCCAUUUAAUUUGGUUGUUUCAUUUUCCUUCAGGCACUUCUUUGUAUAUUUGUGACAUUUUGAUGUGUCUGUCUUGCAUGUGUGUGUGUAGGAAUUAAAUGCACCAGUGUGUAAGACAAUUUGAAAUCUA